AGCGCUGCGCUAGUUUGACUGACAACUGCGCGGUCAUGCAAUGCUGUACCCAAACAAAAUUUAUGUCCAGGAGCAGGGGCGGACUGACCAUUUGGAAAGUCGGGCACUGCCCGAGGCCUGGGGUCAGUAGGGGGCCCCAUGAGAUGCCCGUGGUACCAUUUUCAUAGGCUUUUUUGAGUUUGGGCAAGGACACAGGGGCCCCAUGAUCCCUUAUUGCCCGGGGGCCCGGGGUCAGUAGGGGGCCCCAUGAGAUGCCCCUGGUAUCUUUUUCAUAGGCUUUUUUGAGUUUGGGCAAGGACAAAGGGGCCCCAU